AUGGCCCAGAUUAAGGUCACAUUCACCACGACCGAAGAUGGCUUCGAAUUGCCUGAGAGCAGGAGACAACUGCUUGUCCCAGCCGACAUAAAACGCCUCGGCCUCUCCCGCAUCCUCAACUCCGAAUCCAUGCUCGACACGCCCCAGCCCGUUCCCUUCGACUUCCUCAUCAACGGAACCUUCCUGACCUCCACGCUCGAAGAGUACCUCGAGAGGGAAGGCCUGUCCUUUGAGACCAACAUCACCCUCCAGUACGUCCGCAGCUUGAUCCCUCCGCAGUACGAGGCUUCCUUCGAGCACGACGACUGGGUCAGUGCCGUUGACGUCCUGUCCAGCUCCUCGCCCGCGGGUGUGUGGUCCGUCGACAGCUUCACGGCGGGCCACGACAGAAUCCUGUCCGCCUCGUACGACGGCCUAUUAAGAAUAUGGAACGGCUCGGGAGACGUCAUCGCCACCUCGCCAGCGGGCAGUCACGGCGGGCACAGCGCGAGCGUCAAGGCAGCCCGGUUCCUCUCCAACAGCCAGAUCGCCUCCGCAGGCCUCGACCGCACGGUGAGGGUAUGGAAGUACACCGAAGCCGGCGACCAGUCUUCCGGCGAGCUCAAGCCCACCCUCGAGCUCUAUGGGCACAGGUCGACCAUCGACUCGCUCGAGGUUGACGGCACCUCGCGGCGCAUCCUGACCGCGUCCGCGGACGGUUCCAUCGGCCUGUGGUCCACCUCCAAGGCUUCCGCGCCCCAGGCGCCGGUCGAGCUGCUGCCGGGCAGCACACAUGCGAGCAAGCGGCGGAAGCUGGCGAGCAGUGUGUCCGCACCACAGCGAGGAGCGCUGCACCUCGCGGCGUUCCACAAGGCGCCGGCCACGGCGGCUGUGUUCGACCCGCGGGACUUGACUGUCGCGUACAGCGCGGGUCAGGAUCACGACCUGCACACUAUUGACCUGACGACCAUGGUUAAGGUAAACACGAUACCGGCGUCCAGCGCGCUGCUGUCGCUGUGCGCCGUGCCUGGCCCGAGCGGGAGCCCAUUGCUGGCCGCCGGCACGUCCUCGAGGAACGUGGUGCUCGUAGACCCGAGGGAGUCCCAGGCCAGGACAUCGGUUAUGACGUUGCGAGGCCACGUGAACAAGGUUGUCUCGCUGGCCAGGUGUCCAGAGAACGAGCACUCUCUCGUCUCGGGCUCCCACGACGGGACUUGUCGCAUUUGGGAUUUGAGGAGUGUUAGGCCUGCCACGAAGAACGAGGAUGGCGCCGCUGGCGGCGGUGUCAGCGAGGCCGUGUACGUGAUUGAGCGAGAGACCAAGGGAGGCAGGAAACGGCCGCUGGCGGGAGAGGGCUGCAAGGUCUUCAGUGUCGUGUGGGAUCAGACGUGGGGCAUCGUGAGCGGUGGCGAGGACAAAAGAGUGCAGAUCAACAGAGGAAGGGACAUUAUUGCGUCAUGA